AUGGCCAGCGUGCUUAAAAAUAAAGAUGAAGUUGGGAAUAUUUUAGUACAGGUCCAAGAUGAUUUAAGGCAGCUAAAACAGAAUAUUGUUCAAUUUACCGUGCAAGAAAAUGGAGAAAUUUUGGAUAUUCAAGCUCUGGAUGCAGCCAUCAUCAGGACAGAAAAUGGAAUAAGGAGACAUGCAGAGGAUUAUCUGAAAACAAUUAAUAACCAGGUUUUGACUCUACCCUGUAUUGAAGAGCCUGAAAAGAAGACUGCUCAUCCCAAACUUGUUACAUGGCAACCACCAUACGAGACAUUACCGAAUGCACAUCCACAUAGAAGCCCGAUUCCCGGUCCAUCUCCAGGGGAAAAGCACAAAGCAGCAUUUAUCAUGCGUCUGCUACAUAACCCUUUUCACCCAAAGAACAAGGAGAUUGUCCAACAAAAUUAUGGGAUUCAGCUUCCUCACCUGCACAAGAGAACUAGUAUUGGGAUUCAAAGAGUGGUCACUGGCUCCAAUUUGGAGAAUUUUGCCAUUGCACAUGGAGGCUUGCCUAAACAUCUACAACCCAAACCACCACCUGAAUGCCAAGAUGCAACUGCAGAGCUGCAGCCCUCAGCAGCCGACCUCUCUUCAGUUCAAACCCCAGUACAGCCCAAAGCUCUCCAUGUGCUCCAGAGAGAGGACAGUGGCCAAAAUGAGUCAAAAAAGCCUUAUAAGCAAGAGACGUAUGUGAGAAGAGAUGGAAUGGCUCUUAGAAGAUCAGCAAUGGAGAGUGCAGAAUCCAGGCUCAUUCGUGCUCCUCCACCUUCAGCUGCUUCUGCUAGCUCCGACAACAGAGUACUGACGCGAGGGUUAGCCCGACUCAACCCACUUAACCCACAGAGUCUUCCAGUGCCAGCUGUUGUCAGCAAAUAUCCUUUCACCAUAGUUGAUGGUCAGAUUGACCCGGAUGCUCCAGACUUUUGUCGGUAUAAAAAGCAGUACUGUCUGUACUGGGGUGCAAUGGUAGAAGCUCUGGAGCGGCUGAAGAGGAUGCUGUUGGACUUUGCUGUGCCACUGGCGCGGGUGUGCGGGGAGAGGCUGGCAGCUUGCGUGCAGAGCGGUGAGCUCGACUGGAGAGACGGCAGGGGCCGGUGCACCCAUGUGGAGAAGCUGCUGUCGGUGUUGGAGAACAGGGAUGAGGUAUGGGACCUGAUGUGUCAGCCCGGCCAGCGCUACAAAGGCAACGGGGGGCAUCAGGCGGCGGCUGUGCGCAUCCAGACCUGCUGGAGGCGUUACUCUGCCCGUACCGCCUACCUGAUCCAGCUCCGGUCCAAAUGGGCGGCAGAAAUUAUUGCCAUGUCUCUGCUGAAACGUGCCAAAAUUUGCCAUUUGAAGAAGAGUCUGCAGGCCUCACGCCUUCGGGAACUGGAAAACUUCCACAGCAGGGCAGAGAGUCUGGCAACCAACUGGAAACACAUCACCUCCGCCAAAAGGACUAUCAUCCAUGUCCCAUCACUGGGAUAUUCCCAGCCUCGACGACUCGGUCUCAGAGGAUUUGAUGUGCUACAGAAUACCCAGAUGGGCCGACUGUGUGACAUCAGAGAUGAGAACGUGGAGGUCAUCUAUGUGUCUCCGGUGCGCCUGGGAGAGGAUGUUCUCCAGUAUUACACUCGUCUGCUGGGCCUGCAGACCGCCAUUGAACUGGGUGAUGCUUCGGCAGCUGAGUCACAUUCUGCCAAACGCUUCACCAUCCUCAUGCCAGAAGCACUGGACGACUUUUCAACCCGAAACUUGUGUCUAGCUUCACUUCUGAAAUACAGUCCACGAACUCUAAAGCGCAUCAAGAAUUUGAUCCAGGGAAAGCAGGCCUACAUGAUCAGCGGUGUCACGCACACUGAUGACCUGGCUGUGGCAGAUGAGCUACAAAUUCCCCUUCUGGGCACAGACCCUGCAGUGACCCAGCUAUACGCCACUAAAUCUGGAGGAAAAAGGAUCUUCAGUAGCGCAGGAGUCGACAUGCCUCCAGGAAAGUGGGAUAUAUACACCAUGGAAAAGCUCUAUGAAGGUCUAGCUCAGCUGAUGGCAAAGCACAUGGAAGUCCAGCGAUGGCUCUUCAAGAUAGACAGUGAAGUGGGUGGACGGGGAACUGCUUAUGUUGAUGUCUGCCAUCUGAAAAGUCACCCAUGGGCACAAAAGGAGUUCAUCCGCCAUGACCCUGAACAAUGGAUAACGUCACGGUCUCAAGAGUCUGUGAUGAUCAAGUUUUUAGAGGAAGUUCCUUAUCUUUUGGCAUCUUACGCCCGGCCGGCAAACACAUCCUGCUACAAAACAUGGGCCUGUUUCCUUGAACACUUUCUCAAAGAAGGAGGAGUGAUAGAAGCCUUUCCUCCUUCACAGAGUCUGACGUGUCUGACGGUGGAUCUUCUGCUGGAGCCGGGUGGAGAUGUGCUCAUGCUGUCCUGUGGAGAUCAGCUGCGUGGGCCCAGUGGCUUGGAGGUGUUGGGCUGCACUGUACCACAGACCUCCAUCUGCCCUGAAAUCCUGCACUCCGUCUGCACUCGUGUGGGACAGGCCUGUCAGCAGCGCUCCAUCGUGGGCCACAUCUCUUUAGAUCUGGUCACCUACCUGGAUCCCAACAACCUGGAGCAGCAGGUUUGGGCUAUUGAUCUUGACCUGGGCUACAGUAACCAGUUGGCCAUGACACAGCUGAUGCUCAUGAUGACGAGGGGGACGCUGGACUGCCGCACCAGUAAACUGGAGGUUCCUCCUUCAGUGACAGAAAUCUCUGUAAAGAAGUCUUCUGUACACCAUACUAGAAGGCAAACCAAAUCUGAAACCUCAGUGACCAGUCGAUUUGCAGUGAUGUGCACCCGGCUUCUUCACACCAAUCUGCCUUUAGUAUAUUAUAGCACAUUUUUCCUGAUGUGCAAAGCGCAGGGCAUAGGCUAUGAUGUCAAGGCAAGGCAAGGCACCGUGUUUGCCCUCCAUGACAGCAGAUACAGAAGAAGCCUUGGCAUGCUAACAAUCUCGGAGAAUCUCCAGGGAGCGUUGCUGACCUUUGCUCGCAACCUGUCAAUCAUUCAUCAGGAAAUAUCAGCUCCAAAUAUGCAGGGGGCAAGCAACUUUAAGGAGCUUAUCAAGGACAUUGAAGAGGUCUUGGGCAUGACCAUACAAAAUCAAACCGCAUCUCAAGAAGAAAGGGAGAUUACUGGAGUCGGAAGCGAUUGGUUAUCAACUCAUAAACUACAUCAACACAAAAUGAGUCAACAUACAAUAGCGUUUACACCUUGAGUUAUAAUUGCUUUCACCAAGCCUUUAAAUAUAAUGUAGACAUAAAACUCUGUUAAAGCUGAAAUGUGGUUAACGUAGUAAGAUUAAAAGGAGAAACACACUUGCACAUUGAUUUGUCUAUGGCCUUUUUUAGGCCAAAUUAUGAUGAUCUAAAAAUAUUUCCCCCUCUAUAAAGAUGAACAAUAAGAACUUUUAUAAUUACAUUUAAGUCAGAUGUGACUUUCAUGAAAUCUUAAUUAUUUAUGAGUAGAGAUGAUAUAAAUAUGCAGCCAAAGACUCAACAGAACACUCAACAAAAUGUGCAUCUUUAGUCAUAAUUAUACAUGCAUAUGAAUUCAGCAGAUGAUUUUACUAAACUAACACAAUACAACAUGCAUGUGUUUUCCAGCAGUACAUAAAAAAGGUAUCGUAGUUUAAAAAUCAACUUUAUUUUUGAGUUAAUGAACAUCAAAACACAAAACAACACAUUUCUUCAGGAAUCAAAAUUACAGGCUGCACAAUAUUGGAAACAUUUAACAUUGCGAUAUAUAUUACAAUACUGUGUAAAUACAAUUUCACCAGAUGACCUAAUAUCUCUAUUUGGAAAGAAUUUAUAAUGUUCGAUCGAUUGGGAUGAUUAUGCAGUGGGAAUGCAUCUCCAUAAAAUCUAAUAAACUAUCUUUAAAAUGUUUGGGGUUCCCUAAGACAUUUUUUUUUGUUUGUUGUCUGUGCUAUUUAUAUGUGUUGCGAGUAUUUUCCAGCACAUGUUUAGUCAGAGAUUGAUGAAUUAUUGUUUACUAUUUGCAUCUCCAUAAAAUCUAAUAAGAUUCCCCAACACAUUUUCGUUGUGGUCUGUGCUAUUUGCAGCGCAUUUCUGUAUUUGCAUGUGUUGCGAGUAUU